UUUUCUCCACUUUUUUUUUUUCGCUCCGAAUUUCUUUUCUUUUCUUCUUUAUCUCUACUUUUUUUUUUUCUUCACUUUCUAAUGACACAAUCACUUGCUUCCGGUGCUGAACUUAUUGCAACUUCACUCAAACAACAAGGUGUAGAUAUUAUAUUUGGUAUUGUCGGUAUUCCUGUUGUGGAAAUAGCGGAUGCUUGCCAAGCUCAAGGAAUACGCUUUAUUGGUUUUCGUAAUGAACAAUCCGCUGCCUAUGCCGCUUCUGCUUAUGGUUAUCUUAGUGAACGUCCAGGUGUUUGCUUAACUGUGGGUGGACCCGGAGUGGUACAUGGUUUAGCCGGUUUAUUGAAUGCUCAACUUAACUGUUGGCCUAUGGUGAUGUUGUCAGGCUCUUGUGAUACAGAUCAAAUUGAUAUGGGUGCCUUUCAAGAACUUGACCAAGUAGAAGCCUGUCGCUCCUAUUGCAAAUAUGCUUCUCGUCCUACCAGUGUAGACAAGAUUCCUUUUGUCAUUGAAAAAGCCAUUCGUACUUCAAUGGUCGGUCGUCCUGGCCCUACCUAUGUUGACUUGCCUGCUGAUUUUAUUCAAUACCCUAUUGAAGAUAGAUCAUCCAUUCAAGCUCUUCAAUUACCCAAGGUCACUGCAAACGUCAAGUCUCAGGCUGAUUCUCAAUCCAUCCAACAAGCCUUACAUUGGUUAGGUAAAGCCAAACAACCUCUGAUAGUCAUUGGAAAAGGUGCUGCUUAUGCUCGUGCAGAAGAAGAAUUGAAUCAAUUGAUCAAUCAUACACAAAUUCCAUUUUUGCCAACACCAAUGGGUAAAGGGGUAGUGUCUGAUCAACAUCCUUUAUGUGUAUCAGCUGCUCGGUCCAAGGCAUUGAAGGAAGCAGACGUGGUUUUACUGGUAGGUGCUCGUUUGAACUGGAUUUUACAUUAUGGUCAAUCUCCCAAAUGGUCUACCAACGUCCGUUACAUUCAUAUCGAUAUCCAUCCUGAAGAGUUGGGAAACAAUGGUGCUACUACUUUACCACUGGCUGGUGACAUCCGAUUAGUUCUGCAACAACUUUUAUCAUAUAAACAACAAUUGGUUUCUCUGUCUUCCAAUUCUUAUGUUACUGGUCUUUUAGAAAAAGUGAAAGAAAAUGUGGCCAAGACCCAAACAAGUGGACAAAUCGGUGAUGAUAAGGCAGUAUUGACAUAUCAAACAGCAUUCACUGUCAUCAAGAAGAUCCUUCCUCAACAAGUUAUUUAUGUUAGUGAAGGUGCAAACACAAUGGAUAUUGCUCGAUCCUUCUUUGAUGUUUAUGAACCUCGUCGUCGAUUGGAUGCUGGUACUGGUGCUACCAUGGGUGUUGGUAUGGGUUACGCCAUUGCUGCACAAUGUUAUUAUCCAAAUGACCGCGUUAUUUCUAUUGUUGGUGAUUCUGCAUUCGGUUUUAGUGCUAUGGAAUUAGAAACAGCCAUUCGAUCAAAGAUCCCACUACUCAUUAUUGUCAUCAACAACAAUGGUAUUUAUCAUGGCUUGGAUUCUAAAGAUUAUGAUCAAUCUAGAAACAGCAACAUAUUGCCUUCAACCUCUCUCUCUCCCGAAACUAGAUAUGACAUGAUUGCUGAAGCAUGUGGUGGAAAAGGUUGGUUAGUUAAGAAUCGUGUGGAAUUGGCCGAUGCAUUGAACAAAGCCUUGGUUUUGAAGGAUGACACGUGUGUGAUCAAUGUCAUGAUUGCUCCAGGUGGAAGAAAGAAAUUGAGUUUUGGAUGGAUGAACAAGGCACAAAAAUCAAAAAUAUAGAUAAAUGAAAACUCAACACUAUAUAUAUAUAUAUAUUUCCCUUGGCUAUAGAUUUUAAAUAUAUUCUUCCCUUCUAUAUCAUGAUUAUCUUUUUUUUGAUUCCCUUCUCCUUUUCCUUUUCUCUACUGUUUUCUUAUUUGUCAAUAAAUUUUAUGUUACAAUGUUUAGUUAAACUAUUCUUAA